AUGUCUACUGCUGUGAUGAUCGAAAUUUUUCCGAUGAUACCGGUAGUUAAUGAGAGAUAUGAUGAAGAAUGGAAUGAUUUUUCCUCACAGGAAGAUUUUGAAUUUGAAAAUAACAAGCUUCCACUUGAAUCGAUUCCAGAACCGGAGUAUGAUGAGGAAGAAGUAUUGCUCAAAAUGGGACUGCAAGAUAUUGAAUAUGUUACAGAUGAUUCCGACCUAAAUUUGGUCAUUGAUGAAAAUUUCACAGCAGCUUCACCUCUACAUCGAAGAGGAUUCUCAUACCUUCAGGCUGGAGCUAGAGCAACAUUUGGCUUUUUUUCAGGGAAGGUGUGCUUUGAAGUGAAGGUCCUGCAGUGUGGUAAGGUGAGUAGUAGACAAGGACAUCUGAACACCCAUUUACUUCGUGUGGGAUGGUCUCCUCGGAAAUCAUCUUUAGCCCUUGGAUCAGAUCACAAAUCGUAUGGUUAUGAUAAUGCUGGAAGAGUGUCAACUAUUGGAGAAAUAGUUGACUAUGGAAAGAUGUUUUCUACAGGACAUGUAGUUGGUGCUUAUAUGGAUGCUGCCGAGGAUGUAGUCACCCUUUCUUUUACACUGAAUGGUGAAGAUAUGGGGGUGGCUUAUCAAAUACCACAAUCAGAAAUUCAAAAGGAACCUCUAUUUCCCCAUAUUCUGACAAAGAACAUAUCUUACGAAUGUAACUUUGGCAGUGAAAAACCUUGGUUUCCUCUGAAAGAAGGAUACACUUUUGUGGCUCAUGUUAAUAAAGUAUACCGAAUUGCAGGUCCUAGGCGUCCUAAGUCACAGUCUGAGUGUGAACUAAUGGAUCCUGAGCGUAAAGCUAUUAUUCUUUCAAGAACUAAAUUGCUGGGAAAGUUGCUUGGCAUUGCUAUGGAUAGACGUCGUAACUACAUUUUAGAUCAAGCUAAUGUUGGAUGGGAAGAGCAAGUAUGGAAGCUAGGUUAUUUCAGAAAUCAUAAACGGCGAAUAGUAGCAAUUGUUAUACCCGAUGAGGAACUGAAGAAACGCUGUAAAAAGUUUGAUGACAAUGACUUGGAUUGGAUGUAUUCUUUGAAAGCAAAGUACAGGUUACCAAUAAUGUCUUGUCGCCAAAUUUCCGAUGUAGCUAAUGCAGUGGAGUAUGUUGGGCUUCCACUGAAUAAAGCUCUGCCACUAGUCAAGUUCUACAAUCGCGAGGCAUGGAGACUUGGUUAUAAGAACAAAAAGUUUUGGAUCCCUUCACAAACGUUCAAGGAAAGGAAGAAUAUAACAGAAGGUGACUGGAUGCCGAAAGGAAUGACUGACCCUAGGGAUGCAGAUUUUCAUGGCAGAGGUGGACGGAGUUCGCCUCCAAGGGAUAGAGGUGGGGAUGAGUGGUUUCCACCUUCUAGAGACAGAAGCGGUGGGGAGUGGCAGUCACCACCGAGGACAAAGGAGAGCGGAGAGUGGCGUUCUCCAUCUAGGCAGAGGACAGGUGGGGAUUGGCCUCCUUCCAGGAGAAGAAGCCCCGGAGCGUGGCCCCCACCGGAAUGUAACAGAUCUGGAGAUAUGUCAGGAUCUCCGUCUCAUGGCCAGCCUGCUGAAGGAUGGCUCCCCGGAAGAAAAAGGCGUUAUUCAGAGUCCCCUCCCAGGAGGAGGCCCGGCACCAGAUGGGGACCUGAACUAGAUGAACGCAACCUUCCUCAGGGCAGGGCAGAGGAGUGGCAGCCACGAAGAGUGAGGUCUCCAGGACCACCGAAUUCUCCUCUGAGAAGGCGACCUGACACCCCUACAAGAUAUCCUGGUCGUCACUCUCCUCCACGAAUUAGGACUGAAGAACCAGAGUUUGGUAGAAGUAGCGUCCAUGCUGAUGAGAUUGGUGAUUGGCAGCCCAAUCAAGGAGGCAGGCCAAUGCAAGAAAACUUGGACCGUGAACGCUGGAUUGAAAUGGGGACAGAGAGAUCAGGAAAAUUCUCUAGCCGAGGAGCUAGAAAUAGAAGUAGUGCUUAUCCUCGGGAUAUGCAAUUAGGAGACUUCCCUCCUGAACGAAGAGGAGAUGCAGGUAUGCUGCCACAUGAGAGUCGAGCAAGCGGUAAUUUGCCCUCUCAGGAUGCAGACUAUGGCGGGCGAUUUUCUCACCGGGGAGGAAUUGCUUGUGGCCGUUCAUUGAGUCCACCACCGCUAAGAAUGGACAGUGAAUUUCCACAUGAGGAAACUAGAUUCAGUAGCAAAAUGUUGAAUACAAAAGAAAGAAUUGGCAACUUGAUGCUUUCUCGAGAAGUUAGAAUGGACACUGAUUUUUCAUCACAGGAUCAGCGAAUGGGUGGAACAUUUCCACCUACUGACAGUGAAUUUCCACUCCAAGAUAGUCAAUUUGAACGAGAACGCAUUGUUUUUGAAGAAAGAGGAAAUAUGCCUAUGACGGAUAGCAGAAUGGGGCAUGGAUUGUCACCUCGUAGCCGAAAAGGAAAUGAUUUCCCAACCCCUGAAAGGAGAACGGCUGGUUUGUCAGUCCGUGACAGACUUGGUGCAAAACUUGAUGAUGUACCUCCUCGAGGGGUCAGACCAGCUCGAAGUUUGUCCCCUCGUGAAAGGAUGAUGGGUGAUGUGCUUCCUAACAAUAGGAGAAUGCCCAGUGAUACAACAUCUUUUGAGUCGGAAAUGGGAGAUUUCCCUCCGCACGAAGGAAGGUUUGAUGAAACACCGCCACACAUGGGCAAAUUGAGAAAUGAAAGAAUGGGCCCUAUUGGGAGGAGUGGGGGUAACGUGUUCCCCCAUGAAAGUAGAAGGGACGACUCACGUACCAUUAGACUAAUUGGCAAUUUGCCACCCCAGGAACACAGGAUAGGUGAAUUGCCUCCUCAUGAAGAUAGAAUGGGUGGUGAUUUUGCACAUCACGAUGGAAGACCUGGAGAUCGUUUGCUACCUCACGGAUGCAGAAGAGCCGGCGACUUUGGUCCAGAUGUGACAGGUUAUCAGUUUCCUCAUCAUGAUCAACCUGAUGUUAAUUUGUCACUUCAUGAAAGCAGAAUGGGCAGUGAUGUAUUGCCUCACGAAAUAAGGAAUGCUGAUUUUCCAUUUCAUGAAGGCAGAAUUGGCCAUGGUGAUUUGCAUCGGGGAAGAGAAAUUGAUUUACCUCGUGGAGGAAGGAUGACUGGUGCUAUUCCCAUUAGAGUGGAAGUUGGAGGUGAAAUUACUAGUCAUAGAGGCAGAAUGGUUGGUGAAGUGCCUUCUGGAGGAAACAGAAGUGGAGGAAGUGAUUUGCUUCAUGGAAAUAAAGGAGGAGAAUUUCCUCCAAACAGUGGCAGAAUGGAUGUGGAUUUACCUCUUAGAGGAAGGGGUAGCAGUGGAGAAUUUGUACCUCAUGGUAGUAAAAGUAUUGGAAAUUUACCACCUAGAGAUAGGAUUGGCAGGGAUCGUCUGCCUUACAGGGAAAGAAUUACAGGUGAUGUAGAACCUCAUGGAGGACAACAUGACGACUUGCCACCAGUUGAAGGCAGACAUGGUGGUGAUAUGCCAGACCCUGGAGGAAAGUCUUUUAGCGAUGUGCCAUUAUUCGAGGGAAGACAUAAUGAAUUCCCAUCUCGUGGAGGAAGACCUGGUAAUGAUAAGCCACAUCACGCAAGAUCUGGUGGUGAUUUGACUCCUGAAAGGAGAAUGUAUCGAGGUGAUUUCGCAACACAUGGAAGAAGAAUUGGUAAUGAUGAUGUUCCACAUUCGGGAAGGAGGAUUGGUGGUGAUAAAGCACAGGAAACUGGAAUGCUGGAUGAUCCACAUGAAGGAAGAAGUAGUUCCAGUGACCAUUGGAAUAGAUUGCCAGCAGACCGUGAAGACCCACGAAAUUUUGAAUGGAUGGGUGCCCAAGAAUUGGAUCCAAAUAAAAGAAUGAGCCCUAAUCGUUCACCUCAUAAGUGGUCCUCUCCAAGUAGACCUAGGAGACCUGCCAGCCCUUCACUCAACAGAACGAGGCGUCAGAGUUUAUCGCCGGUGAGGAGGAGCAGAAUUGAUGAUCAGGGCUUGAGUCAGAACAUAGAACAACCAGGUGGACGUCAUGUUUCUCCAACAAGACCAGUGGUGGGUCGACAGUCACCUGUAGGCAGAAGUGAACGUCGUUCACCAGAGAGGAGACAAGCAAGCCAUCAGCAACCACUGGUUAGAGGAGGAGGUGGGGGUGGUGAUAGUUGGCGAACUCCAAGUGACAGGCAUGGAGGAGACUGGCAGUUAUUGGAAAGAGGAAAUCGCAGUGGUCCAAGCCAUCGUUUGCCUUCCAAUGUUGAUCGAAGUCGCCACAGCCCUCCUAGGAAGCAGCAGCGGCUGGAAACCAGCCUUGGUGACCGACCUAGUAGGCCGUGUACCGAAGGACUAGACAGCAGAGAUCCACAAGGCCCUGGGUUCCAACUUAUAGGAAAUAUUGACAAGAAGCUUGAACCAACAGAAAGAAAUUUACAUGACAGGCUCUGUGCAGGAAGCUGCUGGAUGGCAAAAUGUGCACGAAGCACCACACAAGGGCUGGCAGUCCUCAGGCGGUGGGGGUGGCGGGAGCCGGUGGGAAAGGCGAGUGCUUAUGUACGUGUGGAGUUGGAGUGCCUCUCUGGGAAGCCUCCUCUUCCUCCAUUCGUAAACGAAAAGCUGCUCAGAGAGGGGCUGGGCCGCCUGGUAGCAAGUUCAGUUGUUCAUGCAAGACAAGAAGUUGUAGUAAAAGUCACUGUUUUCUUUACUUCUCCUUGCAUGUUCUUUUCACUGGUGGAUUCUGUAAAGCAACAUAUUGUGUUGUUUGAACAUUUUCCUGCAAAACAACAAGGGAAGGAUAGAGUUCCAGAGGAAGAGGAGGAGCUUGCUCCCUACGAGAUCCCGUUUAACCAAGCGGAUUGGGAUAGCAAUGACCCCAACGCAGGCAUCUUCUAUUCCGCAAAUCGUGAACAGCAGUUGAGCAGUGUUGAUCCUGUGGAUGAAAGAAAUAAAGAGAGUAGUGGAAGAAACCAAGAAGCCAGAGGGCACUCUGAGAGCAAAGGACGUGGUAGUGUGUGGCAACGUGUUGGUGGUUAUGUGGAUGAUGAGAAGGAAUCUGGCAGGAGAGGGCCUCGUGAUCCCGGUCGCUACACUGAUCACAGUUCGCGUGGUGAAAGAGGACAUAGGGGUCUUGAACGAGGCAAUAAGGAUAGAGAAAGGGAGUUCGAGGUCAGUCGUGUUAGAAGAGGACGCGAUAAAUAAUAGAUGCCGAGGGAUAAAUGAUUCAUUGUGGAUCUCUCAGCAUCUACACUAAUAUUGCAGGGAUUAGAAGAGGCACAAAGGAGCAUUCCUCAACACUGGUGAAUUUCUGUUAGAAAUACCUGUGACUAUCAUACACAGUGAGAAUUAAACAUAGGACUAUCCAAAGAUUGCACAAAUCACUGCCUUUGUAUAUAUUAAGAACUGAAGAUUUUAGAAAGAAGAGAAACAAGAGAAAUGUUAAAUGUAAAUUAGGGAAUAUUCAUUCAGUCUAGAAAAAGUGACUGUGUGAUGUAAUAGUAGAUUGUCACAAGUGAUUACUCUUUAAUUGCUUAAAGCUUUACCAGCAUUAAUGAAUUAUUGAAAUACAAGUGUAUUGUUAAAGUUAAGAUUGGCAAAGAAUAAACUUAGCUUAUGAUAAAUUUUUUUCAUGUAACAAAGUCAUGGAAUGAAUGUAACAAUUUCUUUUCAUUAUGAGUGGGUUUAAAAAUAUCCGUUGACUUUGGAACUUGAAGUAACUUGUGAUAACAUGCCAUUAAGGCAAUUUAUUUGGAAUGUGUGAUUUGUUGUCCAUUCGUAUCAUCUCUCAACAACUGAAACAGAAUUGUAUUUAAAAAAUAAGAAAAAAAAUUAUUUUUAAUGUGUAGGGGUUACAUAUGGAGGCUACUUAGAUUUGUGUAAAGGUGAUCUUUCUGUAUUGAAUGCUUAUUCCAAGUGGGCCAUGUUUAAUGUGUGUGUUACAAUUUCUUCAGACUGUCGUAGCUUUUUUCUCUUCUUAGUUCUGCUUGCUCUUUUACUCUAUAAAUGAUAGAUAUGUAAAUGUUUUAGAGAAAUGAAUUUCGUUGCAUGUAGUUCCAUGCAGAGAAACAAUUAGACAAAGGAAAAGUUUAUCCAUUCAGAACAUUUAAGUAUAUGUAAUUAUCGCUUACUACAUGAAAUACUAACCAUACUUUGUUGUAAACAAAUAGAUCUCAUUUUUGCUUAUAUGUAUUGUCCAGAAUGUAAUAAAAUGCAAAAAAGUGAAGUGAUUGUAUGGUAUGGUAAAGCCCUAUUUAUUCAGUUGUCAUCUUUGGAGAAAGAAGUUUGUGAACAAUUGCUACAACUUGUUGAUUUUGAUAGUUAGUUCUCUCUAAAAUUAUAAAAGCCAAUUUCAAAUGUUACAUUGAAAUUGAAACCAUUAAAAUCCCUUUCAAUAGCAUGGUUGAAAAAAUUGUUUGCAUCAAAUAUAUUACUGGGCCCAUAACCAAAGGAAAUGGUUUUGGUUUUUAAAAGUUCUUCAUAGUCGUUUGUAGCUUGUUACGCUGGAUUCGUGUGUAAUGAAGUUACUCCAAGUGUCAACUUCUCUGGUGUUUUGUAAGGACCUCUGACAGAUGUGGCGGUCUUGAGUUCACUCAUCUGGUGACAAGAAUCAACUAGUGAUGUUAAAACAGCUCAUAUUUUCUCAUUCAUAUUGUUUGUAAUGGUUAUAUCAUAUAAAAUUCGAAAUUGUAUCCUAUUAAUUCUUCCAUCUUGUGAAAAAGUAUGCAGAAAAAGAAGUGUGGAAGAUUUGAAGUUGCAAUUUUUAAAGUUCAGAGGUCCAGUACCAUAUUUGUAUGUGAACCUUACUCUAUGCAAGAGAAAGAUUUUAAGAAAAAACACCUAACAAACAUUCUCCUUGCGAAUUGAACCCUGUCCUUUGGAAUAGGAAGUCAGAACACCAUGGACACAUAAAAAUUGAGCCAAGAAAGAUUUACUGGUGAAGGGAAAGAAAUCAAGGAAAGGAUUUUAGGUCCAAGGGGGAUGAUGUUUGAAAUGUACUUCAAAUGCACACUGUGCCAGAACACACGUGAAUGCAUUAUGGAAGAUUGGAAACCGCAAUUUGGAUGUAACAGAAGCUUCGGUGCUAAUGCUAUAAGCUUCUGUGCCACACAAGCUGGCUAGAACAAAGGCUUCAUGAAAUGUGCCCUUAAAAAUUAAAAUAUCCUUUUCAAUUUUAAAGGGCCUCAGAUUUUCGACAGAUCAAUUGGUAAUAUUCAUUUUGGAGAAGAUCCUGAAAAACAUGUAGUCACUUAGAUGCUUCUUCGAGAUCUUAUGCUCUUGUAUUUAUUCCAGUGUAUCUUAAAUUUUUAGUCAGGAUGUGUUAUAAGGAAACUACUAAACAGAUGAAUUGUAACCUUGCCAUUGGGACACACUUUACAUACCUCCACAUGUGUUAAUAUUACCAUAUUUUUGAGGUCAAUUAUUAAUACUUCCUAGAAAAUGCUAAAUUUGCAUUAGUAAAAGGUGAAACAACUGAGUAAAAAAGAACAAUGCAGAUAAUGUAAGAUGCCUGUCCCUAUUUGCUGGGGCAUAAAAUAGAUUUCACAGAUGUAAAUUGAAUAAAACACUAUGCAAAGAUCUUAUGAUGGUUUUAUAUGAAGACUGCUUGUAAAUACAUUGCACGUCAUGUGUGGCAUGUACUGAUCAAGGAGUUUUGGGACUGAUAAUUUUCUUUUGCAUUUUUAUGGCAGUUGUUUUGAGUGUAGUGUUUUGAAGAAUAUUGUAAUAAUAUUGUUUGUUUAAUAAAAAUAGCUUAACUUACUAAUAUACAAAUGCAGGAUAAGGACACCUUUACUUCACAUGAAAGUUAAUGUCACUAAAACUUGCAUGAGGAUACCAAGGUUAAAUAAAACCACAUGAGGAGGAACGUACAUUUUAUAUUUCUCAAUCUUUUCAUAUGUAUAAACUGGCUUAUCAUCAGUAGAAGAUGUACAAUAGUUACUGCUUCAUAAUUUUCUUUGAAGAACAAUAUAACAUGGAAAGGUAUACAUAUAGGAGAGCUUUUUUAAAGACUCAUUUACAUACGAGCAAAGUGAAAUAACCAGAAAAAUUUAAUAACAAAUGAAGUGGAUGGCUAGAAAGACAUCACAACAAUCAUACUUCAGUCAACGAUUGUUCAUUGUGUAAGAAAACAAUGACAACUUUCAUUGAAUCACUCCUAUUGUUCACUCAGGAUAUAUAUCUACCAAGCUCAUCCAAUCACUUUGUGCGAUGUGGUUGCUCUUUGUAAAUAGUAUAUUGUAAAAGCACCGCAAAAUAGUCUUUGUUUUGUUUGAAUCUGAGGUGGAAUUAGAUAUGAGAAAUAACAACAAGCUUUGUUGUUAAUACAUAAUUAUUGCUGAUCUGUUCUUUGUCUAGUGAAAAGUUUUGGGAAUGCUACAUAUUCACAAAAAUAGUUGUGUAUUGAUUUUUGUGAGUAUUUAUGUAAUCAUGCAUCAGGAGAGAGACAAUACACAGAGAGAUUUCUAUAGUAAUAGAGAUCAUACUUUGGAGGAAGGCAAUUCCUCAUCUGAAGUGAACACUUUUUAAGAAAUACACUUUCAGUUCAUUACGAUGAAUAGGUAUUCCAUUUUGAUCCCAGGUAACAUGAAGCGAAAAUGUAUUCAAAUUAUUUUUACAUGUAGCAACCUAAUAAAUUUUCUUAUUUGUAUUUUAAUGUCUAUUUCCAUUAUUUUUCAAUUUAUCAAGUACUUUGAGUAACAUACAUUUAAUUUUUGACAAAGAUUUUAGAGACCUUCAUUUUCAAUGAACUUACAGUACUAUCCAGUAUAUCAUUCAAUUGCAACUUUGUUCAAACAAUGAAAAGUAUAAAAACUGUAAGAAUUCCCAGACUGACAUUCACAUGGUUCUAACAUUAAAAUUUGAUACUUGUUGUUUUGUUUUUUUACCCAAAAAAGUCGCAGUGACAGUCAUUUGAUAUCUUUUGAACAUAAUGUUCUGAACAACAAGAGUAUAAUCUUUGUUCUGAAGUUGCCACUUAAUAUAAUUUGUACAAGGCAAAUUAAUUAGCUAACUUUAUUAUCUCCCUCAUAUUUAAAAGAAAAAUGUAUUGCUCUUCUUUUACAUCAGUUUUAUUAAAUUUAAUACAUCAUUUGUCAGUUAAUUCAUUUAAUUCUUUUAUCUAUAAAUUUGGAAUAAAAUUAACAUUGAUUAGUUUGUAAUAAUGAAUAAUGUCAGAAAUAAUUGUUUGGGAAAUAUCUGGCUGUGUUACCAAGUAUAACAUGACUUACAUGACCAAAUUUGAAAAUGCUGUUCAAUGUAGAAAAAUAUUAUUGUUGGAUUUGUAUAUUUCUGAUCUGGCACUUAUUUAAUACUGUUUCAAGGAUUUUAAAGACGUGCGCAAUCCACAUACAUCAAAAUUAGAGUGAACGGUGAAUGAAGAAGCUUAAAUACCAAAAGUGAAGAUCGUUAAAUAGCAUCAGCUAGUUGUCAUACAGUAUUAACAAGAAGUUGGCAAAAUUUUGAACAUAAUGUGGAAAACAUGCAUGCAAUAUAGUACUAAAAGAGCAUCCCACCCAAACAGCCAUUGCAAUUUUUAGUGUUAUAAAUGAAAAUCUGAAAGCAAAGUAAUGUUUGCAAAAAUGUUUUACAUUUUUCAAUUUUGUAAUUAAUUUCAAUUCUUCAUAUUUUCUGCCAAUAUGGAUGGAACUGUCAUGGUGAUGUUAUGUGAACAGGCAUCUCUUUCAGGCGUGCAAGAAGUUUGUAGCCGCUGGAUUGCAUUUCCUUUCAUUAAGAAAUUUCAGUAACAAUUGUUGAUUUGAAGAUGUCCAGAUGACAGAACAGAUAAUUUUUUAUUUUUGUGCAGGGAAGCAGUAAGAAAAGGAAGAUUGCAUCUUGUGCACUGUCUGGAAAGUAGGCUAUUCUUAAUGCAGUUUUUGCUGACAAAUGAUGGCAUUGAUUUUUUAACCUGAAUUAUUGCAGUUCAGUUACAUUUACAUUUUGUAUCUGAUUUAUUUCUUGAGUGCAAAUACAUAUGAACACAAAAUACUAAAUAUUGCUCUUGUCCAAAACAUAGCCUUAAGUGUGCAAGGCAAUUUCUUUGCCUGGCAUAUUCUUUUGACAUUAAGUGUACUGUAAAACUUUACCAGAAAUUUAAAUAAGUAGCAGCAAGUUUAUUAAUUUUUUAAAAUUACAAAGGUUUAAAAUGGAAAAUGCUCAUAAGUAUUGACAAUUGUUUCAAUAAAAACAUCUUGUUCACUACUUUGUGAAAAUAGGAAUCAUAGCCUGCGACUUUUUGAAUAAGAUUUUUUUGAAAGUGUUUUAGAUAACACAAUUCUUAGGGAACCUUUUUUAUUAUCUAAAAAUGUGUGGUUAAAUAAAAAUAAUAAUUAACCAUUCCAAAUUAGGCCAUGGAAUUCUGUUGUGGAUGUACAAACUCCAGAAUGUAAAUGGCGAAGGCCACAAAUCUCAAUGAUGCUUAAUGUACUUUAACAGUACACUCUGUAAUGAAAUUGUUCUUGGCUCAAAAGAAAUCUAGUAAGAAAAUAAUUAUAUAUAUACUUAAUUGCUUUUCUGCAAAGAUUUUUUCACGUAAUCAGUGAGUUAAAACAAUAAUCUACUUUAUAGCCUACAUUUGCUGUAAAGAUAAAGUGAAACAAAGUGUGCCAUUCUACUGCCUUGUUCUGGCAUUACUUUUUUUGGGUUAGUUCAGCUGUAAAAAAGACUAUUUCACAUGAAGAACCUGCAAAAAAUACAAAUAGUCAUUUCAGGUGUAAAAGGUUAAAACCAUUGUGCUCUUUGUAAUAUUGUAAUAAAUAUAAUUCCUGUACUUUUGGCCUCAGAGAAUGUUUUCAGUAAUUAUCUUAUUGUGUCUCAGUCCCACUGGCAUCUCACUGCGCACUGAUUCUGUGUCGGAUGUCGAGGCCAAGCACUGAUUGUGCACAGGACUCGUACUCCAUCAAUUCAUGAAUUUGCGCGUAUUGUCAUUGGCAUCGAGAAAGUAGAUUUUCUCUCCAAUGGCACAAAUUAGCUAUAUACAUAUUUACCGAUUCGGCAUGUAACGAGAUGCUUGUGAGCGUUCAUGUGGAACAUGAGUAUUCAUCAAUGAACUGGUGUGGAGUUACGGAACCAAUUCUCGGCAAAAGGGUCAUUAGAAAAGUUAAUUUAUCAUUGCCCAGAACCCACUGGUGUAUUUUUUUUUUACACUCGAAAUGACGUACCAAGUACAAAUUAUAACAAUUCUCAAUAAAUAUUAGAAGCACACACAGGAUCAUGUUCGAAACGUUCUUGUAGUGUUACUUUACCAAAUCGUGUGCGUAGCAAACUUUCGCCUACCAAUGGGUUAUCGUCGUUUGGGGUCGUAAUGAAAGUGAUGCAUGAUUGGCCACAUGACGAGGCGAUAAGAAAUGCGUAGAAUGUUUCAAGUCGUUUUUAUUCAGUUGUGCUGUCACGACUGAUACAGCUAUAACAUGCUUGGCGCCCAGUCAACGGAGUUGCUGAGCCGCAGGUGAAGGUUAGUCGAAUCGUACGUGUUCCUGCACAUCACAAACUUAAUUUUUUCAGUAUAUGUAACACACAACAUUCAAACUAUUGCUUGUUUGUUUGGCGUUGUGAAGAGAGACUGAUAAUGCGAGUCCACACUGGCGGAUUUAGAAAAUAUGUCCAAGUCAUAUUCCUCUUAUAUUUGGUAUUAUCUUGGCGAGUCACUUGUAAACAACUCGUUAAACUUGAAAAACUGUUUUCAAAAUUGGAUUUGAUUAUCUGAAUAGAGAAGCAAAAGUACCCUCAUAUUCGGAUAUCUAGUAAAUAACAGUAGGUAUGUAACGCUAAGCCAAAUGAAUAUGGCAUUUAUGUGAUGAAUUAUCUGAAGCCCAUUCAAUCAGUGUCUGAUUUUUGAGUUCUAGUCUAGUCACAUCACUUAAACCUCUGAAGUUUACUUAGAAGUAUUGCUUUUUAAAUUGCAUACUAAGACCUGAAGAUAGACCAAAACAUUAACCGUGAAAACUACGGAACAGCGAAACAGCAUAAAACAAAAUAGACAAAAUGUAAUCUUUGAUAGACUUAUAUUUAUUUUGUCACCAGGUAAGAAAGCAGACAAACCAAGCGCCGAAUAUAAUGUGCAAUUGGUUAAGCACAACCGGUCUUACGAUUUUGGGGUCUGCAAACCUCCAAAAUGCAUUAUUUCAUCGGUACGUAAUAUAUUAGUUUUUCAGAAGAAUGUCUGAAAAAGUAUGAACGAAACGGUCACAUGCGUAUCUACACUUUGUAUUCAGAGCUUCGAUCGAACAUUGAAAUGAUAAUUUUGCGACAUAUACUAUACAAGUCCAUUUUACUGAAUCAAGUGUAAAGACAAUGACAAGUAUGGACCUUGAAAAAUCAAAGUGAACAAAGUCAUGGAAUGCUUGCGCAGUCCAAUAUGCUCAUAGUAAGAAAAAGAACAGCAACAGUAAAAAUGCGCUGUUAAAUGUAAUAAUGCUGCCCGAACUCGAGUAGGAGCCUGUUGCACAGCCAUGAAGUUGUAACUCUAAUUUUGAAUUUAUUUUCUCGCCUUUGAAUUGUACAUAGGUGUUUCUUUCGAACGCUUUCAAGUUGUACAAUUCUUCAGAUCCCGGUUGGACAUAAUGUGUCUUUAUUUUUGACAAAUCUACAUAGGAAUUGGUCAAUUCUUCACCAUUACGUGUUCCAGAAUUUAUUUAGGACAGUUCGACUAAAUUUUGCUCAACCCCCAAAACCCCACCCGGGUUAAAAAAAACAACAAAAACCACAAAACUCGUGGAAGUGUUUUAAUACUUUUUCAAAUAAAAAUAACAAAAUAUAAUUUUAUAAAUUAAAUAUUCAUUAAGUCUCAAAUUUUAUCACAGCAAAUGCAUACUAACAAAUACGAAAAACAACGAAAGUACACAACAAAGUAAACCGACACAUUUCCUAUUAAUGACAACUCCAAUUUCAUCACAACAAACACCGGUUGAGGUAGCUCAAAGCCAGCGAUUCUUACUGGGAAGUCCUGGGUUCGCGUCCCGACGGUGGCGAAUUUUCAGCACUGGCUGCGUAGCUACGUGAAACCAACCUCUGUCUGGAGGAAAAUUCUAAUGGCCUGCCGCUCUGAUUAGUGGUUUUCCGCCAAAGAAAAAGGGCCCGGGAUCGCGCGUGCGCACACUUGCACGUUCGGUGCCCCGCCGCAGGGCGUCCACACCGAUGUCCGCUGAGCGACGCGUGCCUCAGCACGGGACCCAGCGGGGAGGGGCACCCGCCCCAGCAGUGGACGUGGCAGACAAACUCAAUUAAACAAGGUCGAAGAGAACACGAGUACAAAAUUUACUUAUAGUAAAAUGAAAACUUUUUUUGAGACGUCCCUACAUGUUAUGCAUUUGUUACUUUAUUCCCCAAAUAUAAUAACAUCAACGAACAUUUUUGUUACCAGUAUUGAAUAUGAAUUCAAAAUCUUAAAAAGGCCUUAACCCUUAUGUGUAAUAAAGGUGUAAAUAAUACUAAAUGUACACAAUUUGACUUUCCGAAAGAUGAAAAUCAGAAUUUUAUAUGAACUAAAUUUAAAAAGUAAUCUUUCACAAUAAAAAAAAGAGCAUUUAUAAGUCAGAUUUUUAAGAUUUUUCAAUUGUUUUGUAUUUGGAGCUUGGUUUUGUAAACUGAAACGAACUAUUUUCUUUAACGAGAAAAAAAAACUAUAUGAGAUAUGAGUUUCUCAAAAUGGCUUAUGAAGUAGAGGUCAUUAGUUAUUAUUUUGUCUCUUGAACGUCAAGCGGAGAGAUAGAUUUGUUCCAUGAAUUCAUUUGCAAGAGAUCUUGUAACCUUUAAAAUGACAUUGUUAUUACAUGAAAAGUUCCCAAAUGCAUUAGUUUAUGGUGACUUAUUAGGUCAUCAGCGGCAUGACUGACAAUUGUAGAACGAAAAUUUUUACACGUGAUUUUAGUUAAAGUUUUGAGACAGGUUUAAUAAAAGCUUUGCCCUUUAAGAAAAAAAAUUUCCAAUUGUAUGUGAAAUUGUCCUACUGUAGAUCUCGAAGCAAAGACACGUUUGAAAGUCAUCUGUACAUAUUUUUGUCCAAAAUAUUCAGUUCUCUGCGAGAAAGGCGAAUUGAUUAAAAAUAUCAAAACCAAAUAAUGUAUCGUGUGACAUGCUUCCUUAAAAUAGUUUACCACUUUGUGAAAUAUUCAACUACUAAUGGAAAUUCCUAUUUUUAUUGUGAUUUACCAGACUGGUGUGGUCACCCAACUGCAAAUAUAUUCCGACUGAAUCUAAUUUUAUUGCUGCUUUUUUUAUGUGAGUAAAAGAUUUGUUAAAACCGAGAGAACGUUCUCGGAACGCAUUUGACAUCAUGAAAACUUUGUAGCUUCCAGUCGAUUGGCAUUUUGAUAAGACACACUUCUGUAGCUCUCGUCUGCGCACUUGGGUGCUACGAACAUUCAAUGCGUUGAGUUUCGAGUCCGCUCUACUUGCCGAGAUGCAGUACCUCCGAAACGAACAUCCCUCCUGGACCGCCGAACGAGCAGUCGAUUCGGAGUGCUGCCAGUGGUUCUUGGUUCCGAGGAGAGCCAUCAGUGCAGUAAAAUUUGAUUCGUGGGAGGAUUUGGAGGAUUCUUUUUGCCCGUCGAAGGUAACACUGUAGGCGGCAUCGCUGAGUUUCAGACCGAUGUCCGUGCGUGCAGGUCCGACUCUCAAAAGAAUUUACGAGACGGGUGGCCACACUUCAGUUUCAGCAAUUGUCCCUUAAAGGCCACGGCGUUUCAGACUAGACGUGGGCGGGGGGCGGGGCGGGGCGGGGCGGGCGAACGAAACAUCCAACGCUGUCCAAUCCUUGUGAACGAUUCAGUGCGCUUGCACGGAGCAGUUUCAUCCUCCGCCAAGGCAAUAACAAGCACAAGUAAGCAACAAGAGCACCGUCUGCAACAGUUCCAGCGGGGGCGGGGGCGGAGCUCACACCGACGUCGUCAUCUGCUCCACCACCGUCACGUUCCGGGCCGGGCGCGCCACCGGGUACGGGGGCAUCCACGCGAACCUGGCCAGCCCCUCGGGCACGCUCUUGCAGGGCCGCAGCGCGCGGUGGUGCAGGUGGGCGUGCGAGUGGGCGUGGGCGGGGCCGG